UUUAGGUGACCUUCUUCCUUGUGACCUUAGUGAAGUCAUUGGAGUCUCGUAUGACCUAUUAGAGCCAUGAAGCUGCUGGCUCCCCCGAAAUAGUGUGUGAUUACAUCUGAUUGUCACUGACCUUAGUUCUGCUAUAGUGGCACCCUGCCUGCACUUCAAGGGAUUGUCCAUAUUUGGGGCAUUUUGCAAGUCCUUGACACCAAACAGGAGAGUGAAGAGCAGGUUCACAAUGUCUGCGCCCUCCGCCCAGGAGAGAAAAGCAUGCUGGGACUCCAGGGACACCUACUGGCAAUGUCUGGAGGACAAUAAGGAGGAGGCCGCCAAGUGUCAGCGGGCACGCCAAAGCUUCGAGAGCCUCUGUCCCCGGCAAUGGAUCAAGUACUUCGAUAAGAGAAGAGAUUACCUCAAAUUCAAGGAACAAAUGGAGAACAGAGGAUUCGAACCCGCAAAACCCACAGCGACCACGUAGUGCCGGCCGCCGCCACAUCUCAGAUAUAGGGAUAUUUUAAUUAUUCUAUCAGAGCCUUAAAGGGGUACUCCGCCCCUAGACAUCUUAUCUGGUAUGAUCGCGGGGGUCCCGCAGCUGGGACCCCCGCGAUCUCUGUGCAGACGCGCCGUUCGUUCAGAACACUAGGUGGGGGCAGCAUGGGUCGUGACGUCACGGCCACGCCCCCUCAUCACGUCACACCCCCUCAAUGCAAGUCUAUGGGAGGGGGCGUGGCGGUAGCCACACACCCUCCCAUAGACUUGCAUUGAGGGGGCGUGGCCGUGACGUCACAACCCCCCAUGGUCCACUCCAAGCGUUCGGAAGAAAAUGUUCCGAAUGCUGGUGCAGCGGAGUACCCCUUUAAUCGCCAUAAACCAGCCGGACCCUCCUCUCUACAUCUCUCCGGAUUCGCCAUUUUCUACAAUUUCCAUAAUUUUUUUUGGAAUAACCCUGAGUGACGAUGUUGUUGACUCUCCCCAGAAGGGGGCGCUCUCCCUGUUUUUGUAUAUAUGCAGUAAGGGAAUAAAUAGAAUUUGCCGCUC